AUCAGUAAUGGACGUACGAGAAGCUUUGACGGCAGCAGUGACAGCUUUAUUAAUGCUCCCCGCAUUGAUUUUCCUCUGCAAGUGGCUAUUUCGAAGGUGGCGGCGGUCCUCCAACACCUGGAACGACAGCCCCCAACUUCCAGAAUCUGUAUCUUCUUCUGCUUACACUUCUGGUCCUGAUGCUUCCUUGUUCUCACCAACCAGCAACUGCGAGGUCUUUUUGAGCUUUCGGGGACCAGACACCCGCCAUGAGAUCACCGACGUUCUAUACCAUUUUCUUCUCCGCUCAAAAAUCCGCACAUUCAAACAUGACGAGGAUCUUCACGAGGGAGAAGGAAUCUGGCCAAGUUUGGUGGAGGUCAUGAAGGAAUCCAAGGUUUAUGUUCCGAUUCUUUCGGAAAAUUAUGCUCACAGUAAAUGGUGUCUCAAAGAGCUUGCUGAAAUGGUUGAUUGUCGGCGGCAAGACAAGGGGCACAUCAUUUUACCCAUUUUCUAUAAGGUGGACCCUAGAGACGUGCGGAAACAAAGCGGGGCGUAUGAAGAAGCAUUUAAGCGACACGCGAGGAAUUUUGAUGGGAAAACGUUACAAAUUUGGAAAGACGCUCUCAAGGAGGUUGGAGAAUUGAAAGGGUGGCACGUGACAGACAAGGAAGGGCAAGGAGCUAUAGCUGAUGAAGUUUUUGACAACAUAUGGUCGCAUUUAAGUGAGAACUAUGAAUUAAUGACCGAUGAAUUGGUUGGAAUUGAUGGACACUUGAAAGCAGUAGUUGAAAGGUUGGAUUUAAACUCUAAAGCUGUGACAACUGUUGGCAUUCACGGCAUUGGUGGUAUCGGUAAGACCACUGUUGCAACUGCUGUCUACAAUAGAGUUUGUGCUCGGUUUGAUCGCCACUGCUUUGUGGAAGAUGUGAGAGAAACAUUGGAACGUAGGGAUGGUAUAAUUGCUCUGCAGAAUAAGAUAAUCUCCGGCAUUGUGAGAAAGGCAACUCAUGUAUCUAGUGAUAGUGAAGGAAUCCGGAUGAUAAAAGAUAGAGUUAGCCAUCACAAGGUUCUUAUUGUUCUUGAUGAUGUGGAUGACAAGUUCAAAUUUGAUGGCAUCCUAGGGAAGUUUGAAACCUUUUUUCCCGGAAGUAGGUUUAUUUUUACUUCUCGAAAUAUUAAGGUUUUGACUUUAGUUGAAGGGUGUUGGCUAUAUGAAGUUGGAGAAAUGAGCUAUGAACACUCCUUUGAACUUUUCUGCAAGCAUGCAUUUAGAAUGGAUUCCGCCCCACAUGAUUAUGCAACUUUGUCUAGAGACAUUGUAUCCACAGCAGGAGGUCUUCCACUGACUAUCAAGGUUGUAGGAUCACUUCUAUUUGAAGAAGGUAAAGCAUUUUGGGAAGAAACUUUGUUGCGGUUAAGAGAAACAUCUGAGACAGAGGUUCUAGAAAGGUUGAAGAUAAGUUAUGAUACAUUGGAAUACGAGGCGAAAGAAAUAUUUCUUGACAUUGCUUGUUUUUAUGUUGGGACAGAUAGAGAAAUAGCUUCUUACAUGUGGAGUGAUUGUAGGUUUUAUCCCAUCAGUAGUAUUAAUGUCCUUAUCCAGAGGUCCAUGAUCAAGGUCGGUGACAAUAAUGAGUUCAAGAUGCAUGAUCAACUCAGAGAUUUGGGUAAAGAGAUUGUUCAUGAGGAAGAUACAGAACAUCCAUGGAUGAGGAGUAGAAUAUGGUUAGGGGAUGAUACUUUCCAAGUGUUACAUAACAAUAAGGGAAUGGAAAAGGUUAAAGCUCUUCAAUUAACUUGGCUACCUCUUGAUACACUGGAGCUUACAAAUGAACAAUUUAGCAAUUCGUCAGAGUUGAGGUACUUCUGUGGAGAUUAUAUUAAGAUCACAGGGGACUUUAGUGGGCUUCUUCAAAAUUUAAGAUGGAUUAGGUUACGCUAUCAUGAAAAUUCAGGUGAUCGCAUUAGCAAUUUUCAUAUGAGUAAGUUGGUAAUCCUUGAUCUUCGCUCCAGCUUCAUAAGAGACGAUUGGGGAGGGUGGAGCCAUAUCAAGGUUAGCUACAACUGAAAAAAUAUUAUUUCCUCACAAAGACAACCAUUUUUGUUCUGAGUAAUUCUCUGCUAGCUGUCUAGUUCACUUAUUAAUGCAUGCCAAGCUCUUAUGCGAUGCAGAUGGCAAAGAAUCUGAAAGUUUUGAAUCUCUCAUAUUGUCGUUUUGUAACCAAAUUUCCGGAAAUCUCCACUUAUGGGAGCUUAGAGCAUUUAGAUCUUAGUGGGAUCACCGGAACCACUCAGGAGUUAAACAUCGACAAUAUGAGGAACAUGAAGGUUUUGAUUCUCGAGAAUUGUACACUGAGGAAGAUAGUCAGCAACACCAUUGGAAUCCUUCAGGGGCUCCGCGAGCUAGACGUCAGCAGGUGCAACUGUGAGAACUUGGGACCAUUCCUGGCUGACAUUCGAAGAUUGAAAUUUCUCAAGAUCUUGAGAGCCACAGAGAUCAAGCCGAAAAAUGCAGUAUUGGAGCUUCCCACGAGUUUGAAGGAGCUAAGUACCUCAUUUUCAGUUGCUAAUCUUUCCAACCUGAAUAACUUGGAGCAAUUGACAGUUGAAUAUUGUGAUCAUGUCAGUAUUCCCCUACAGUUUCCAUCAUCUCUAGUCAAGCUUCAUGUCAUUCGCUGCCCAAUGUUGGAAAAGUUUCCAAGUCUAGAUAAUCUGGGGAAUUUGACUGAAAUGAGCAUCAUUGAAUGCCCUAAGCUUAAGGUGAUAGAAGGCCUCGGAGAAGACCUGAGAUUGUUGCGAAAUCUGUCGAUAAGGUCUGCGGAUAGCUUAACUCAUCUCGACGGACUUGAUAAUCUCCUAUCGUUGACCGACUUGCAUGUCGAGUUUUGUGAUGCACUAGAGAGAGUGUGCAUUGGUGUACCUGCUCUGAACAUUAUAGAAAGGUUGGAUAUCAACCAUUGUCCUUUUCUCACGGAGAUAUUUAAGGAGGCUUGCUAUGGAGCCAACCAAGUGUUUGAAUCGUUGCAAGAACUCGUGGUUGGUGGGAUCAAUUUGGUGCAAGGGUUACCUCAUCUGUCCAAGUUUCCUAGUUUGAGGAAGUUGGAUGUGUAUUAUAUGGGCAAGAUAGUGAAGCUGGAAGGAUUGGAGUUCCUGGAAGAAUUGCAGACACUUUGUUUGUCUAACAUGAAGUCGAUGGAGAGAUUGCCUAGUCUUUUAAAGCUGGGAAAAUUGCGAGUUUUGUAUUUACAGAGCAUCCCACUUUUGAGGGAGAUCGAGGGGCUUGAGGAGUUGAAAUCUUUGGAAGAACUGACUAUUGAUGGAUGCAAGUCGCUUGAGAGGCUACCAGAUGUGAGUGGUUUUCAUAACCUAAGAAUGGUGAAUAUUUUGUAUUGCCAUUCAUUGGAAUGGAUAUUGGAUCUCUCCGAUUUGAAGAAUUUGGAGCGACUGAGCAUCCGGAAUUGCGCAAAGUUGGCUGAUCGCUUUUGGUUUAAACGAUUAAGUGAAUAAGACGAAGAUGAUACUCAAAAGAAGUGAAAUGAAGUUGCAGCGUGCCAAUACGACACGUGGCGUUUACCUUUACUGUUAUUAAAUUACAAUUUUUCAUUUCCAUUUCUAUUGUUUUGUAGCGUGAACUUCACAACUCUAGUUUUGCGUAUAAAAGACUAGCACAGAGAUCCCUUGCUCUUUGCGCAUUUCCCAUUUCGUGUCAUCGUCUUCUUCCGCUAAACUCUAGUUGUAGCUAGUUUGUUAUGG